AUGUCCUUCACGAAUGCGCCGGUGACGCGCACCCUCGUCCUUGGCCUUGUGACGAGCUCCAUUGCUGCCAGCUUGCUUGACGUCAAGCAUUACUUCUACAUUGUUGUAGACACCCAUCUAUGGCGCUAUCAUCAGUUCUGGCGCCUGCUGGCGUACCAGCUAUGUUGCACCAACUCGAGCGAGGUUCUAUUCGCAUCAAUGACCCUCUACCACCUGAGGGUCGUUGAACAAAUAUGGGGUUCAAGGAAAUACGCUCUGUAUCCGCGCUCUUCACUGCAGUGA